GAAAUCCAAAUCCAUGUCAUGGAUUAUUUACGUUUGGUUAUUGGGUAAAUGGACCUCAUUUAUUUGUACGUGCAUUUCGAUGUCACGUGACUUGACACCGCGCUGCGUCAGCUGACCGGAAAGCGGAAGAAGAAGCGGAAGUAAACAUGGCGACGCGACUGGCCGGCCUGCCUGCUCCGGAGUGUCUUAAACUCUGUCAUAAGGUGGUGGAUGGACUCUGUGGGCAGGAGCCCCCUCGCAGGGCGGACUACGAGGCCACGUGGAGCCCGGGUGAAUGGCUGGAGCUCCUCAACUCAUUGUCAGCGGUCUUCUGUCGCGCAGUCGGCAACAAGAGCUCUGAUGAGGAGGUACUUGCCGGUCUGUCGGAGGUGAGCAGCAGUCAUUCGGAGGCUGUUCUCAAUGUUCUCAAAGCCAGAAAAGAAGACAUUCUCCAUGCUCUGCUUGCCAGAACCAACUCAGUAGCUUCUGCUACGCUACAAGACUUUGACUGGCAGCUUAAGAUGGCGCUGUCCAGUGACAAGAUCUCCUCUCUUCAGACUCCUCUGCUCAGUCUCAGUCUGGACGUAAGGGAAGACGGAGUCUUCAAGCCGGUCACAGUGGAGACCAACAAAGAGGAGCUGAACACACUCAUCAGUGCAUUAGAGGCUGCUAAUAAGGUGGUGCUACAGUUGACAAACAACGACAACGUUGUACAGUACUGAUCCUCUUCACAGCGUGGCAACAUCAACAUGCCAUGAAACAAUGUUUGUUUAGCCAUGUAGCUACUGUGCACUUCCUGUCUCUCUCACUAUUGUUUUUAAUAUAAACAUUUUUUUUAACCAUGUAGAGGAAAAUUGUGUUUUAAAAGAAAUAAAAAAUGUUUUCUUCAUUA